AUGCAGUCAGAUUAUUUUUCAAAUAAGUCUACACUAAACUAUCAUUCAACUCAAUAACUAAGAGCUCAAAAGACAACAUCUUCAACUAUGUAUGCAGUUCCCUGUAUGAAUUGUGAAAAUCUAAUUCCUAUUAAUGAAAUUGAUAUUCACACUAUGAAAUGUCUAAGUGUUUCAAAAAGUGUCACUGCAGUACUUAAAUCUAAUAAAUUAUUGGAUGAAAUCAAUUUUAAAAUAUCAAAAUUGAGAGAAUCUAUUUUACAAUUAAAUCAAAAAGAAUCUAAAUAAGAUAAUAUUAAAUAUCUUAAUAGAGCAGAUGAAAUGUCAGAACAAAUCCUUAUUAUUUAAAAUACAAAUUAAAUUGAACUUCGUAAAUUACAAGAUCUUAAUUAAGAAUUGAAAACUAUUACUGAAUCUUAUAGAGGUUCUCUUGCUAUUGCUCUCUAUCUUGAAAGACUCCAUUCUCUUUCCUUAUAGAAAUAAACAUCAUUAGAAAAAGAAGUACGUACAUAAAGAAUUGAAACUCAAACUCAAAAAAUUAAUCUUAUCAAUUCCAAUAGCAGUAAUUACAAUACUUAAAAUAAUUACAAUAGUAUUUCAUCAUUUCGAUACCAAUAAUAAUCUGAAUAGAGUAGAACUUCUUAGUUACCUCUUCCUUCUUAAUUUCAAAGUCCUCCUUAUGGCAGACCUACUAUAAUUACUAAAUUUUCAGGUAGUCAAGAUAGAAAUCAAAUCAAUGAUAUCAAAAGUGAAAUUCUUACAAAGAUAUCUACAUCAUAAUUUGAUGAAAGUGAAAUUAAUCAAAAUGAACUUGAUCUUAAUAAUUCGAACUAAUAUAAUUAAUAAUAGAGAAUCUUUUAUUCAAAAUGUUUAGCUUAAAAAACUAAAUUACCUAAUAUUCAUCCAUCUCAAAAAAUACCUUUAUGUAUCUUACAUAAGGAAAUGUUAUAGAGAAAAAUUCCUACUGUUAUGUGGGAUAAAUUUAUCUUAGAUGCUCUAAAUAAUCCACAUUAAUAUCUUGAUAUGAAUAAAGUAUCAAAUCCUUAAGGACUUAAAAAUUAACUAAGAUCCAUGACUUAAGAACACUAAUUCAAACAAAGAAUUCAAAAUAUCUGA